CAUUACUCUAUGCCUGGUUUUGAAUCCAUGAGACCACAUCAGCUGAUGUACAAUCUAUUUAUGCUACAUAUGUCUGAUAUUGAAAAAGAUUGCUUGGAGUAUGUAACAGGCUCAGUAGCAAGAAAGUUUUUGAGCAAAUAUCCAAGUCUAGGCGAAAAAGUUGGUAAUGUGAUAGGAUCUGAUUCCUCUUGGACCGAACAAAUGUCAAAAGGUAAUUUGAUUAAGCCUUCAAAAAGUAUGAUACAAGUGGCAAAAGUACUUGAAGUUGUUUUUAAUGAAUAUCAUACCAAAAACACACUGAGAAAGACUCCAGGAGUCAUGAAAAAUGUCAGAGACAUAUUAGUAAGUAAACUGCAGAAUAUAAUUGAUAUUCCAGUAGAAGUCUUAGAAUGUAUGGUACGCACGAGGACAUUCAUACGGUUAAAUAGUAUGAAUAAACAACUAAUGGACAAAGUUAUUUCUACAAAAAACAAAAUUAAAAAAUUUGUAUCGUAAUUUUUAAAUAUAUUGAUUGACCUAAUAUGCAUUGAA